UCUAGUAGGCUUAUGCCCUUAUGCGUCGAGAGACGGUAGACGGCGUCACUCGGUGUAUCCUACAGCCCAAGUGGCAAGGUGGUAGUAAGUCCAAGACGGCCUCCAACAGAGUGGUCCGCCUCACAGCCGCAUCAGGGGCGCCUGGAAGCAGCCGGAAGAGGCGCGGGUCCUCCGAGUCCUCGGACCAUCAUCGGCCAUCUCCAUCACAUAGUGGCAGUAAUAAGAAGCUACGUUCUUCUACACCUGUUGGAAGUGGCACUCCGUCGGGCUAUGGCUAUCGGGGGGAACGUCGGCGGAUUGCGGAACUAGAGAGCCCAUCAGGAGAGGACUCCUCCAGAGCCGGGUUGGUUUCCCUAGAGUGUUCCGAUACUUGGGAGAGUGAGAGUAACCAGAGCCCGAAGAGCGUCACUAUAGCACAAGGCAGCUCUUCCGUUCAGGACGACUCUCAUGGUGAUGAUGAUGACCAUGUUGAUGAGGGAGAGUCUAUGAUGGAGGAAGAGCCGAAGGAGUGGAGCCCGUCUUCCCCCCUACCGCUGGACAUUAUAAAUAGUAUUAAGACGUUCGUUUAUGAGGAGUUUUCGGA